AUGUCCCAAGACUGGAAUUCAUGGGACGAUCAGCAAGGAUGGGGACAACAGGGAUAUUCUCAAGGAUACGGAGAACAGUCCCAGGGAGGCCAAAACUACUAUGAGCAACAAGGCAACGCACAGCAGCCGCAACAAGGCUUCAAUGGGCAGCAGCAGUACGGCGGUUAUGGUGCGCCUCAGCAAAAUUACUACGGGCAGCAGCAACAGCAGAAUAUGUACAUGCCGCAAGCCGCCCAACAGUUUAUGUCCGACCCGCUUUUUGGGGCUGCGACCCAGAUCGGAAGCAAAUUCGCUGAGGAUCAGAAAGAAAAGUUGACGAAAUAUCUGACCGGAUUCCAACUCAAGUACUACUUUGCCGUCGACAACUCCUAUGUGGCGAAAAAGCUCGGCAUUUUGCUCUUCCCGUUCUUCCAUAGAGAUUGGAGUGUGAAGUACAGUGCCUCAACAGAUCCGGUGCCUGCGCGAGACGAUGUGAAUGCCCCUGACCUCUACAUCCCGCUGAUGGCUUUUUUGACUUAUGUACUCGUUUCCGGUUUUGUUCUUGGUACGCAAGAUAGGUUUUCCCCAGAAAUGCUUGGAAUCCUCACCAGUAAUGCCUUCAUCUGGAUUAUCAUUGAAAACUUCGUCAUCACAAUAUCGAAAUAUGUGCUCAACAUUAGCCAGUCGCUGUCCGUAUGGCAUUCACUGGCAUAUAGCACCUAUAAAUUUGUCGGGAUGAUUAUCUGCCUGCUGCUCUUCAUGACUGGUGGAAAGACACUCUACUACUCGGCACUCGCUUACACCGCACUGGCCCUCGUCUUCUUUUUGUUACGAACAAUCAAGAAUUUUGUCCUGGACAAUCACCAUGCUUAUAACGCAGCUGACGAUGGGCGGAAACGAAAGCUGAUGCUGAUUUUGUUCAUUGCCGUCUCACAGCCAUUGAUCAUGUGGUGGCUCACCAGUGGUGUGACCAGCUACGAAUAUGGCAAAUACGACUUUGCUCGCAUGGCGAUGAGUCAAAUGGGCGUUGGCGCUAAGGGCUUGAAGGCCGAGGUGCCGAUAACUGCUGAUGGUGACGUUGAUUACGAAGCCCUCUUGAAGAUGCCGAAG